CUUUGCUUGUCGUGACCUUCACAUGUAUAAUAAUUUCAAUCAAAGUGGUACAAUUGAUGGUAGACGAAACGGAUGUUAUUGCAGUAAAAGUAAUUAUGAAAAAGCGAUUAGAGCGUCAAAUAGCCCUAAAUUUUCUGUAAGUGAAUAUGAAGUAUUUGAAAUUCAUAAAAAUUAA